CCGUGCCCCCUGCCGCGCCAACACUUCCCGUGUUGGUGCGUCCCACCACAACGGACAUUUUCACCACAACGGACAAUUUUUACUAUUUUCUCAAUUUUAUGCCUUACCACAAUGCCAAAAUCGCCAGACAAAAUUGAAUCCCUAAUUGAGGAAGCUUUACGAAAGGCUUCAUGUCAAAAAAAACCGAAUAUCUCUGCGUUGGCGCGAGAAUUCGAUGUGCCUCGCGGACGGCUUCGCGAACGCUUCAAGGGUCGGCCACCAAAAAACAGCUCAUAUCGCGCGUAA